AUGGUGGAGAACGGGAGUCCCGGCUCCUGGAAGGGCGGAGAACGGGGGUCCCGGUGUUCGGAGGGGCAGAACACGGGGGUCCCGGUUUUUGGAAUGGUGGAGAACGGGAGUCCCGGCUCCUGGAAGGGCGGAGAACGGGGGUCCCGGUGUUCGGAGGGGCAGAACACGGGGGUCCCGGUUUUUGGAAUGGUGGAGAACGGGAGUCCCGGCUCCUGGAAGGGCGGAGAACGGGGGUCCCGGUGUUCGGAGGGGCAGAACACGGGGGUCCCGGUUUUUGGAAUGGUGGAGAACGGGAGUCCCGGCUCCUGGAAGGGCGGAGAACGGGGGUCCCGGUGUUCGGAGGGGCAGAACACGGGGGUCCCGGUUUUUGGAAUGGUGGAGAACGGGAGUCCCGGCUCCUGGAAGGGCGGAGAACGGGGGUCCCGGUGUUCGGAGGGGCAGAACACGGGGGUCCCGGUUUUUGGAAUGGUGGAGAACGGGAGUCCCGGCUCCUGGAAGGGCGGAGAACGGGGGUCCCGGUGUUCGGAGGGGCAGAACACGGGGGUCCCGGUUUUUGGAAUGGUGGAGAACGGGAGUCCCGGCUCCUGGAAGGGCGGAGAACGGGGGUCCCGGUGUUCGGAGGGGCAGAACACGGGGGUCCCGGUUUUUGGAAUGGUGGAGAACGGGAGUCCCGGCUCCUGGAAGGGCGGAGAACGGGGGUCCCGGUGUUCGGAGGGGCAGAACACGGGGGUCCCGGUUUUUGGAAUGGUGGAGAACGGGAGUCCCGGCUCCUGGAAGGGCGGAGAACGGGGGUCCCGGUGUUCGGAGGGGCAGAACACGGGGGUCCCGGUUUUUGGAAUGGUGGAGAACGGGAGUCCCGGCUCCUGGAAGGGCGGAGAACGGGGGUCCCGGUGUUCGGAGGGGCAGAACACGGGGGUCCCGGUUUUUGGAAUGGUGGAGAACGGGAGUCCCGGCUCCUGGAAGGGCGGAGAACGGGGGUCCCGGUGUUCGGAGGGGCAGAACACGGGGGUCCCGGUUUUUGGAAUGGUGGAGAACGGGAGUCCCGGCUCCUGGAAGGGCGGAGAACGGGGGUCCCGGUGUUCGGAGGGGCAGAACACGGGGGUCCCGGAGUUUGGAGGGGCGGAGAACAGGAGUCCCGGCUCCUGGAAGGGCGGAGAACGGGGGUCCCGGUGUUCGGAGGGGCAGAACACGGGGGUCCCGGUUUUUGGAAUGGUGGAGAACGGGGGAGGGACAGAGCACGGGGGUCCCGGCUGGGGACGGAGAGCUCGGGGGUCCCGGUUUCAGGAGGGACAGAGCACGGGGGUCCCGGCUCUUGGGGACGCAGAGCUCGGGGGUCCCGGUUUCAGGAGGGACAGAGCACGGGGGUCCCGGCUCUUGGGGACGCAGAGCUCGGGGGUCCCGGUUUCAGGAGGGACGGAGCACGGGGGUCCCGGCUCCCCGAGGAACGGGGGCUCGGCUGCAGCAGAGAGCGGCGGUAACGCGGGGGAAGGAGGGGGCCGCGCUGGCCGCUCGCUCCGGCUGCCCCAGCAGCUUACCUGUGCCCGUCUGCUGCUUCCUAAUCAAUUAACGCGCUAA